GGGAGAUAGGGAGUUGAGAGAGAGAGUAGCCUCUAAGAGACUCUAAGUGGGAGAUGGUGAGGGGGAUUACAAGCGAAGGACGAGACUAGAUGAUUGUUCCAAAUAAUUUUCAUGAACUUCUCAUUCUCUGCGUAUUGCCGUUUUCGUUGAAUCUGCGUUCGAGUUUUUUCUGCAUCACCUCCCUUUGUUACUCCAAACGAAAUUAGUACAGAUGAACCGUCUAGGGUUCAAAUCCGUGGUCUACCACGGUGACUUGCGGUUAGGGGAACUGGAUGUUAUCUCCGUCAAGGGCCAGAAUUUCCAGUUCCCAAACAACGAGAUUCGAAUCCGCCAUAUAUCGCCGAGGAGUGAGCGCUGUCCUCCACUCUCAAUACUCCAAACUAUUUCUGCAUUCUCUGUUCGAUGCAAGCUCGAGUCAUCACUGCCUAUCGAACAACCUCAUUUGAUCAAUCUUCAUGCUUCGUGUUUUUAUGAAUUCAAGACGGCGGUGGCAUUGGUUGGGGAUGAAGAAAUUCACUUGGUUGCUAUGCCAAGUAAGAGGAAGAAGUUUCCAUGCUUCUGGUGCUACUCAGUUCCUGUGGGUCUAUUCAAUGCAUGCUUGGGGUUGUUGAAUCUAAGGUGUCUUGCGAUUGUGUUUGAUUUGGACGAGACCCUCAUCGUUGCAAAUACUAUGAAGUCAUUUGAAGAUAGAAUUGAGGCCCUGCGAAGUUGGCUUGCUCGUGAGACUGAUCCCCUGCGACUGGCAGGAAUGUCUGCGGAACUUAAGCGUUACAUGGAUGAUCGUUUGCUUUUGAAGCAGUACGCGGAAGGUGACUGUGUUGUCGAUAAUGGAAAGUUAUUCAAAGUUCAACUGGAAGAGGUCCCUCCUUUGUCUGAUAACCGUGAGAAAGUUGUUCGGCGGCCUGUCAUUAGAUUGCAAGACAAGAAUAUAGUCCUCACUCGCAUCAACCCAGAGAUUCGAGAUACUAGUGUUCUAGUAAGGUUACGACCUGCUUGGGAGGAUUUGAGAUGCUACUUAACAGCAAAAGGACGGAAACGGUUUGAAGUAUAUGUUUGUACCAUGGCUGAAAGGGAUUAUGCCUAUGAAAUGUGGAGGCUUCUUGACCCUGGGGAACAUCUUAUAGGUUCAAAGCAACUUCUAGAUCGUGUAAUUUGUGUCAAAUCAGGUUCUCGAAAAUCUUUAUUGAAUGUCUUCCAACAUAAUAUGUGCCAUCCAAAAAUGGCAAUGGUGAUUGAUGACCGGUCAAAGGUUUGGGAAGAUAAGGACCAACCCAGGGUUCAUGUAGUUCCUGCCUUUACUCCUUAUUAUGCUCCACAGGCAGAGACAGCCAAUGCUGUUCCAGUUUUGUGUGUAGCAAGAAAUGUUGCAUGCAAUGUCAGAGGUUGUUUUUUCAAAGAGUUUGAUGAGAAUUUACUACAAAGAAUUUCUGAAAUCUUCUAUGAAGAUGAGGUUGCAAGUUUACCAAAACCUCCAGAUGUCAGUAACUACUUGAUGUCUGAGGAUAUGCCGAAUGGUAAUGUGAACGCCCCCAUCAGUGAAGGAAUAAAUGGUGUAGAAGCUGAACAGAGGGAUGAGAAGUCUUCAGUUGAUUUGGCCACUCGAUCUAUGAUCAAUAAUGUCGAGCUGAAACCCGAAACCUCUCAGCUACCUGCUGGUGUAAUUUCAAACGCCAUAUACCCUAUGUCUUCCACCAUCUUCAUUCCUUCUCAAAAGCCUGGUUUGCUUGGACCUGCAGUCAAGAAUGAAGGAAGCUCUGUUAAUCAUGAUUAUGACAUGAAAAAGGGACUAUUAACAACGAGGCAUGUUCCAGAUAUAAGAAUUCAAAGUUCUGGUGAACCCCCUCUUAUAUCAAGGCUUCCCACUCAAGCAUCACCAUCUUUAAUGCUCCCACAUGGAGGCAGGUUGAUAGAAGAUGACAUAAGUAGCAAAGUUCAGCUAAACAUUCGACCUACUGUAUCUGUUAAUGUCAAGUUUGAAAGGCAUCAACCUCAACUGAAACCUUUGUCUCUGAGUAUGCCGGUUUCAGCUUCUAAUGCUUUAUUCUCACAAGCAUCACAGGGGAAGGGUGAAGAGGCAAGUUCUGCCCGUGAUUUGCAUAGGCAAACUCUUUCAUCUCCAUCCCUGCUUGCAGAGGAUGGCGCAUCUCAGGAUCACAUGUCUCCCAAUAACCGAGAAUUUCAAAGUGAAGUGGGAAAAUUGAACUUGUUACCCGCUCUAUCUAUUGGAGUUCUGCAAGAAAUUGGAAGGCGAUGUAAUUCUAAGGUUGAAUUUAGGUCCAUUGUCAGCACCAGCAAGGACUUGCAGUUUUCAAUGGAGGUACUAUUCACUGGUGAGAAAAUAGGUGCUGGAAUGGGUAAGACAAGGAAGGAUGCACAACAACAAGCUGCUGAGAAUGCCCUCCGCAGUCUAGCAGAGAAGUAUGUUGCACAUAUGGAGCCUAGAUUUGGAGCUGUCGACAGAGAAUUUGACAAACUCUCUCUUGGACAUGAAAAUGGUUUCUUAUGGGAUGACGUCAAUCCUGAAUCUAGUGAACUGCUAGGAGAUGGGCUGCCUAAAGAAAGUGCUUCUGAGGCUUUGAAUGGUGAAACUAGGAUCUCUUCAGUAGCUAGUGCAAUCAAUCCACAACUAGAAAAACGUGCCAGCUCACCAAGAUUAGAUCAAUCCAUUGCCAGUAAACGAUUGAAGGAAUGAAAGACAAAAUUCAGAAGAACUAUUCCAUUGCUAGUAAACGAUUGAAGGAAUGAAAGGCAAAGUUCAGAACUACUAUUAGGGCAGCAACACGAAAGAAUAGGCACAUACUAAUUCAUGGGAAGGCUGACAAUGAGUUUCAGAACAGAUUUUGAUGGCUGUUACUUGCCAAGUCAUAUUGCAAAUAUAUGUAGCCUAUGCGGAGGUCAUAUCUCUUGGUAAAGUCUAUGCUUAUGGAGGAGGGCGUCUUUUUUGUUUUGCCCUUCCUUACCUUCUUUUUUUGUAUCUUAUUUUCUUUUGUCUAGUCUGGCAAUUGUAAUGUUAUAUGAUAUAUUUCCAUCAGAAAUCACAAAUAUCUUCUUACACCUCAAUGUUUAGUUAGUUCAACUGGAAUGCCAGCCAUUUACUACCUGGAGUUUGACCAUUUUUUAUGCAUAUAUUGUAAUAGUGAUUUUUACAAGUUGUAUUAUAGUAAGCAAUGACUUGAGCAUCAA